UUGAAGAGAUAAUAAAAACAAGAUGAAUAUCAGAGUUAUUAUUUUGUUAUAUAUCAUUCUACAUACUAAUGCCAAGGACAAUGAUUUUAUUAGUGAUUAUUUUGCAUUUAAAAAUGUCAAAAAUAUUGUUGGAUUUUCGUGCGGUGAUGCUACAAGUAAUUUUAAUCUUUUGAAAAAGCUGAAUCAUUUAGGAACCUUUGCUAUCAUAAAAGAUUCUUAUUCAAAUCCAGACAUAAGUUUGAUUUUAAACAGCGAUCAUUGGGCAGUAGGUGUUUUCGUAGAUCUACGUUGUCGUAAUGAAAGUCUCAAUUAUAUUUUUUCUGAUAGCUCGGAACAUCGCAUGUACAGCUAUUUAUAUAAUUGGUUGAUAUUAGGAUCAAAUCUGAAUGAAAGCAUAUCGAUUUUGAAUGACACAGCUUACAGCAUGGCAACUGACGUAGUUGUUGCUAUACCUAAUAAAAAUGGUUAUGAAAUGUAUGAUGUAUUUAAUCAUUGCAAAUAUCGAGGUGGUUCACUAAACGUCCUUAAAUAUGGCACCUGGAAUCCUCAUGGAAAUUUGACUAUUUAUUUGAAAGAACCAAAAUUAAUCAGAAGAGGAAAUUUGAAUGGUUUAAGAUUGAAAAUAUCUGGUGUAAUUCAAUACAGGCCUAAAAAUAUGCGAUUAGUUGAUUACAUGAAAGAUGUCAAUACUAGAUCCUUAGAAAGUAUGCACAAAUUUGUAUACGCUAUGAUAUCACACACUGGUGAUCUUUUUAAUUUUACCAUACAUGCAGGAGAAAUAUAUUAUUGGGAUAGAAAUAGUAUACACGGACGAAUGUUUGAACUUUUAAAAGACAAUUAUAUCGAUAUUGCCAGUAAUCCGAGAGUUAUGGUAUCCGAAAGAUUAGAAUUUGCUAGUCUGAUUGGUGCAGCUUGGCCAGUUCGACCUUGUUUUAUGUUACUUUCAACCCCAACGAAAAAAAUUAAAUUAGAUUUGUUCUUGAAACCUUUUACGAAAGGUAUUUGGGAUUCUUAUGCACUUUUCAUGAUUAUUUCUAUAAUCAUCGUUGGAUUAAUAUUGAAACGUGAAAAUGUGAAAAGUGAAAAGGGUUUUGGAGCUGUAGUGCUAACUAUUGGUAUCAUGGGCCAACAAGGAGCGUAUUUAUUUCCUAGAAGUUUGGUCGGUCGUAUGGCCGUGGUACAAAUACUCCUUUUCAGCUGGAUGAUGUACAAUUAUUAUUCCUGUAGUAUUGUUUCAGCUCGUUUGAGUGAACCCUUUGAUAAAAUAGAAGAUUCUGUUGCUGUACUUGCCGAUACGCACAUGCGUAUUGCUGCAGAAGCUGUACCAUAUUUAAAUUAUUUAUUAAAAAAAUGGAAUUGGGAAUCAGAUUAUUUCAGAAAAAAACGUUGGGAUCCAUUGCCGCAAUCAAAAAGAUAUUUGCCCAUAGAAGAAGGUAUCAGACAAGUUGGGCAAGGUAUUCUUGCUUAUCAUACAGAUCCCAACACUGCUUAUCCCUACAUCGAAAAGAUGUUUGAUUCCAGUCAGAUAUGUCAGCUUACGGAAAUUCAUCUCUUCAAGGAAUCAGUCAUGGGAAUGUAUUCCAGUCACAAUGCUCAAUUUUUGGAAAUUGCGAGAGUUGGUUUGAUCAAAAUGCAAAGCAGCGGUUUAAGAAGUCGGCAAAUUAAGUAUUGGUCCUCGAAAAAACCUCAGUGUCAACAAGAUGCUUUAUCUACGCGAAGUAUUACUAUUUAUGAAACUGCAGCAGCCUUCAUUUUACUCUCAUUAGGUGUUUUAAUUUCAAGUGGUAUUUGUUUAAUAGAAAAUAUUUAUUUUUAUCGAUUCACACGAAAAUUUACGUCAGAAAGAGACAAUUCUAGUCUAUCGAAACAAAGUAGUAAUAAGACAGAUAGCACUAAUGAAUUACAAUUACUUAGUAUUUGAUUUGCAAAAAUAUUAUAUUUUACUAUAACUCAAAACUACUACUUGCAUAUUAAUAUUGUUUCGAUGUUACCCAAAUGAUUAGUCCAAGUAGAAAUAAAGGAUAUUAGAAAUAAAGAGAAAUCGAUAUUGUGUAAUGCUAACUGUAGUUUUUUUAAUCUACAGUGAAUUCCAUUAGUCUGUAGUACUUAUACUAAAUAAUAAGUCAUUUUUCCUAUGUUCGAUUGAAGUCGUGUACGAAACUGACAGAACGUCACAUGCAAAAUAGAAAACCGACUUAUAGACUUCUAUCGUGAAGAAGAACAAAUACGGAAAGUCUAGUUUGUAGUUCAAAUCCUAUUUUCGUUUUGUGUGCACACGUAUUUUAAGAAAAAUUUAUAACAAUGUAUAUUAAAAAUGUGCUUAUUAUUCUUUUUUUUCAUCUUACUUUUGCUCAAAAUAAUGAAAUCAUUCGAGAUUAUUUUAUUUACAAAAGGGUACCCAUUGUCGUUGGAUUUUCCUGUGGGAAUAUUACUAGUGAGUAGAAAUUUA